ACCUUCUUCAACUUUGGAAUCCUCCGCCUCCUCCUAUGGCGGCGACGCGCCGUCCCUCGACUGAUUCCCCCGCGGCUGCCGCCGCCUCUCCCGCUAUCGCCGCCGCGGCCACCGCCUCUCAUCACCUCGUCCUCGCCGAGAAGGCCCUCGAAUUUCUCCGUCGCCGUGUCUCCCUCGACUCCCUCGCUGCCUCCUACACGCCCGAUGCCGCCGUCCACACCCUCCUCCUCGCCCAGCCUCACCGCCUGGUUCUCCUAUCCUUCCUCCGCUGGGCCACGCCCCUCCACUUCUUCUCCUCCUCCCUCCGCCCGCAAUCCCUGGCCCUCCACCUCCUCUCCCGCCUCCGCCACCUCCCCGCAGCUCUCUCCCUCGCUCGCCGGCUAGCCACUCGCUUCCCAGCCCCCUCCCUCUUCCACUCCCUCACCUCCACCCUUCCCCUCCUCCGCCCCGCCCCUACCUCCCCCUCCGUCGCCUUCGACCUCCUCAUAAGAUCCUACUCCUCCCUCUCCCUCAUCCCUCAAGCCCUCUCCGUUCUCGCCCUCACCAAAAACGUCGGCUUUUCGCCUUCCCUCCUCUCUUUCAACUCCCUCCUCGACGCCAUGUUCCGGUCACGCCAAACCCCUCUCCGAGCAAUCGACAACUUCCUCGCCGACAUGGCAAGCUCCGACGUCUCCCGGAACGUCUACACCUACAACAUCCUCAUCAGAGGCUUCUGCUCCCGUGGCGAACUCCACCGAGCAUCCGACUUGCUUCCCGAGAUGGUGCACGCAGGGUGUUCGCCCAAUGUCGUCACCUACAACACACUCAUCGAUGGCUUGUGCAAGUCAGGGAUGAUCGACGAUGCCAUGUCCCUGCUGAGGACAAUGAAGGAGAAGGGGCUCAAGCCAAAUUUAAUCACCUGCAACUCAAUUGUCAAUGGAUUGUGCCGCAAAGGGCGAUCGAAGGAAUCAAGGAUCGUGCUCGAUGACAUGGCAAGAGAAGGGUUGACUCCUGAUUCCAUCACCUACAACACCAUUGUCAAUGGCUACUGCAGGGAAGGAGACCUCCAUCAAGCUCUGUUAAUGGAAGCAGAGAUGGCUCACAAGGGAGUGGCACCCAAUGUUGUCACCUACAAUUCAUUGGUGAAUGCAAUGUGUAAAGAUGGCAACAUGAGAAGAGCCAUGGAGCUCGUCGGUCGAAUGAAAGAACGAGGGCUUGAGCUCGACGAGUUCACUUUCACGACUUUGAUCGACGGGUUCUGCAAGAAAGGGUUCUUGGAUGAUGCCUUGUUGCUUCUGAAUCAAAUGCAGGAGAGGGGAAUUCAAGUUUCCAUUGUGAGUUACAAUGCUCUGAUAAAUGGUUACUGUUUGCUAGGAAGAACAGAAGAAGCUUUGCAAAUUCUUCGAGAAGAUAUGGAACGAUACGGCUUAGCACCGGAUGUAGUUACUUACAGCACAAUAUUGAAUGGCCACUGUAGGAAUGGAGACAUCGAUUUGGCAUUUCAGUUGAAUCAAGAGAUGCUCGAUAAGGGCAUCAUGCCGGAUGCUAUUACUUACUCUUCGCUUAUUCGGGGCCUUUGUGGAGCAAAAAGACUCGACGAUGCAUGGAAGCAUUUUCGGCAGAUGUUGCGGUUGGGUUUACGGCCGGAUGAAUUCACCUACACCACACUGAUUCAUGGCCACUGCAAGGAAGGAGAACUCGAGAAGGCUGUUCUCCUCCAUGACAAAAUGAUCAAGAAAGGAAUACUUCCGGAUGUGGUGACUUACGGUGUGCUUAUCAAUGGCCUCCGCAAAGUUGCUAGGACUAAGGAAGCGAAACGACUCCUGUUACGAAUGUGCUACGAUGAAUCUGUUCCAGAUUGUAUCGAGUAUGACAUACUGAUGGAGUGCUGUGGCAAAGCUGAGUUCAAGAGUGUAUUGUCUCUCUUGAAAAGCUUUUGUGCAAAUGGUUUGAUGAAUGAAGCUGAUAAAGUGUUUGAAUCUAUGUCAGAGAGGAACUGGAAGCUAGAUGCUACUGCAUAUAAUAUCGUCGUCCAUGGGCACUGUCGAGCGGGAAAUGUGAGUAAGGCGAUGAGCUUGUACGAGGAGAUGAUACAGGCUGAGUUUGAGCUGAACGCAAUUACCGCAAUUGCCCUCAUUAGGGCUCUUUCGAAGCAUAGUAGGAAUGAGGAAUUGAAUCAAGUGAUUCAAAGAUUGUUGGGCGGUUGUUUGCUAACCGAUGCCGAAACAUCAAAGGCUAUUGUCGAAGUCAAUCACAUGGAUGGCAAUAUAGAUGCUGUGUUGGAUGCUCUUACAAACAUGGCGAAGGAUGGAUUUCUUCCUAAUGGUAGCGAACUCAAAGGAUGCACUCGGUAAAUUAUGGUAUCGAAGGUUGUUCUCAUGUAUCGAUGAUGUAAGUCGAUAAUUAUUUAUUAAUGAUCUUGUUGAGAUGCACUGUUUUAGCUCACCAGAAAUUUCUACAAGAACAAGAUCCAUCUUUGAAAUGAUGAAAUCGAUUGGCAUCCCUCA